UUUCUCAGGGCCCACGGGGCACUUCCGGUUACUUAGGUUUUUGCCAGAGGCUGCGCAUUCUGUCCAGGUUCCCCCCGUGCGCCCCUCCCAGCGCACUGUCCCGGGCCGGCAGCGAGUGAGCUACAUGUCGUCCCCGCAGGCCCCCGAGGACGGACAGAGCGGCGACGAUCCACCCGGGGACCUCCGCAGCGUCCUGGUCACCAGCGUGCUCAACCUCGAGCCGCUGGACGAGGAUCUCUUCAGAGGAAGGCAUUACUGGGUACCCUCAACCCAGCGGCUGUUUGGGGGUCAGAUCGUGGGCCAGGCCCUGGUGGCUGCAGCCAAGUCUGUGAGUGAAGAUGUCCAUGUACAUUCCCUGCACUGCUACUUUGUUCGGAAAGGGGACCCGAAGGUGCCAGUGCUGUACCAGGUGGAGCGAACUCGAACAGGGGUGAGCUUCUCCGUGCGCUUUGUGAAGGCUGUGCAACACGGCAGGCCCAUCUUCAUCUGCCAGGCCUCCUUCCAGAAGGCCCAGCCCAGCCCCUUGCAGCACCAGUUCUCCAUGCCUACCGUGCCCCUGCCGGAAGAGCUGCUUAGCCACGAGGCCCUCAUUGACCGGUAUUUAAGGGACCCUGACCUCCAAGAGACGUACCGGGUGGGGCUGAACCAAAUUGCUGCCCAGGAGGUGCCCAUUGAGAUCAGGCCGGUAAAACCACCCACUCUGAGCCAGCUGCAGAGCAUGGAGCCCAAACAGAUGUUCUGGGUUCGAGCCCGGGGCCAUAUUGGGGAGGGUGACAUGAAGAUGCACUGCUGUGUGGCGGCCUACAUCUCGGACUAUGCCUUCCUGGGCACAGCGCUGCUGCCCCACCAGUGGCAGUACAGGGUGCACUUCAUGGUCUCCUUGGACCACUCAAUGUGGUUCCAUGCCCCUUUCCGAGCUGACCACUGGAUGCUCUAUGAGUGUGAGAGUGCCUGGGCCGGUGGCUCCCGGGCCCUGGUUCAUGGGCGGCUGUGGCGUCAGGAUGGGGUCCUGGCUGUGUCCUGUGCUCAGGAGGGUGUGAUCCGAGUGAAGCCCUGGGUCUCAAAGAACAAGCUGUAGCCAGAGGUACCAGCUUGGCCUGGGGCUUCAAGGAUCUCCCUUCUCCCCCAACUCCUGAGGCAGGAGUUACCACCCAGGGCUGGGCCUUUGGUCCUGAACAUCCAAUAAAGAGACUCAUACCACUGGA